AUGGUGACUGAUGUAACUGGAGAAGCUUUGCUGACUAUGAUAACAGGUGAUAAUGAGACUCCGUUCAAGGCUAAAGUGAAGGGAGAGUACACCCCAAAAAUCUGGAAUUAUGCCAUGACGCUGCAUUUUUACUCAUUAAAAGCGUAUAAUUACGUGAGAAAAAUGUUUAAUAAUAAUUUACCGAAUCCAUCUACUGUGAGAGCAUGGUAUCGUGCAGUUAAUGGGUCCCCGGGAUUGACAGUUGAAGCAUUAGAAGCUAUUAAAUUGCGAACUCAAAAGAAGAUCGUUGUAACUAAUUUAGUUAUAGAUGAAAUGUCUAUUCGUGAACAAUUGAUUUAUCAGCAAGGACGUUUUCAUGGUUGCGUUGACUUCGGAGAUGACCAUGAUUAUCAAAAUGAUAAUGCAGUACAUGCAACCAAUGCAUUAGUCUUUAUGGCUGUUGCAUUAAAUGAUAGUUGGAAAGUCCCAAUAGGCUAUUUUUCAAUUCGUUUACUGGAUAGUAAGGAAAGAGCUAAUUUGAUAAAGUUAGCACUAAAGGAAUUGCAUGAAAUAGAUUGA